AUGCCUUCGAUACUCCUCCUCAACGGCCCGAACCUGAGCCUCCUCGGUACUCGAGAACCACACCUUUACGGCACAACAACUCUGAAAGACGUUGAGCAAUCAGCACUCGAACUGGGAACCAAACUCGGGGCGCAGAUUGAAGCAUUCCAAUCAAACCACGAGGGCCAUCUGAUCGACCGCAUCCAUGCCGCGCGAGGUAUCACCGACGCAAUCGUGAUUAAUCCGGGUGCGUUCACACAUACCAGCGUUGCCAUCCGGGAUGCAUUGUUGUGUGUGAAUAUUCCAUUUAUUGAGGUGCAUAUUACGAAUGUUCAUGCUCGUGAGGCUUUUCGGAAACACAGCUAUUUGUCGGAUAAGGCUGCGGCGUGUAUCAUUGGACUAGGGGUGUUUGGAUAUGAAGUUGCUAUUGAACAUGCUGCGAGAAAUUUGAUAAAAAAGUAG